ACAGAAAAAUACGAAAAAAAAAAAAAAAAACUUCUUAAAAAACUAACCGUUAAGCUCCCCUCCCACCAGCUCAGUCCACUCCAUUUCCAUUCCUACACUGCCCACCCUUCCCUGCUGACAUUCUCCUCCUCCCAACUAAAACUCUUGAAAAAGCCCUCUCUUAAACUCUCUUCUCAAACAGAGAGGGCCUCUUUCAAAUUAUUCUUUAGAAGGUGAAAGAAAACAGCAGAAGUUACAGAUCAACAAAGGGAAAAAGUUGAACUCAGAAACAGAAAAAUGGAUUCAACUCAAAGAAGAAAAAGUGGGAUUAACCUUCCAGCUACAAUGUCUGAGACCUCUCUUCGGCUGGAGGCCUUCUCACCCGCCUCCCCGGCCCGAUCAGUAUCGAAUUUGCCAUCACCUAUGACAAUGUCACCAAGAACUAUAUCCAAUCUUUCAUCCCCUUCAUCAAAAUCUACGAGUUGCAGUGACAGGUUUAUUCCUUGUAGAUCAUCAUCGAGGCUGCACACGUUUGGGCUGAUAGAGAAAGCGUCGCCAGUGAAGGACGGAGGAGGAGGAGGCAAUGAGGCUUAUUCGAGGUUGCUGAAAUCUGAGCUUUUUGGGACUGAUUUUGGUUGUUUUUCUUCUCCUGCAGGUAAGGGGUCACCAUUGAGUCCAAACAAGAAUAUGCUGCGGUUUAAGACUGAGGUUUCUGGGCCUAAUUCUCCUUAUUCGCCUUCUGUCCUGGGGCAGGACAGUGGGCUUUCCGCUGAGGUUUCAACCCCUCCUAAACCGCCUCGAAAGGUUCCCAAGACACCCCACAAGGUUCUUGAUGCGCCAGCACUUCAAGAUGACUUCUAUCUGAACCUAGUUGAUUGGUCAUCUCAAAAUGUCCUUGCAGUUGGCUUAGGAACUUGUGUCUAUUUAUGGAGUGCCUCAAACAGUAAGGUAACAAAGCUGUGCGACUUAGGACCUAAUGAUGGUGUCUGCUCAGUCCAAUGGACCCGAGAGGGUUCCUACAUUUCAAUUGGCACAAAUCUUGGUCAAGUUCAGGUUUGGGAUGGAACUCAGUGCAAAAGGGUCAGAACCCUGACUGGGCAUCAAACAAGAACUGGAGUCCUAGCGUGGAGUUCACGCAUAUUAUCUUCAGGAAGCAGAGAUCGGAACAUACUACAACAUGAUAUCCGAGUACCGAAUGAUUUUAUAAGCAAACUUUCUGGCCACAAGUCUGAGGUAUGUGGUCUUAAAUGGUCUCAUGAUGAUAGGGAACUCGCAUCUGGAGGAAAUGACAAUCAGCUUUUGGUCUGGAAUCAGCACUCCCAACAGCCAAUUUUGAGACUCACAGAGCACACUGCUGCUGUAAAGGCGAUUACCUGGUCUCCUCACCAGAGUGGGCUCCUCGCUUCUGGUGGAGGAACUGCUGAUAGGUGCAUUCGAUUCUGGAAUACUACCAAUGGCAAUCAAUUAAAUAGUGUGGAUACAGGAAGCCAGGUAUGCAAUCUAGCAUGGAGUAAGAAUGUGAAUGAACUAGUCAGCACUCAUGGGUAUUCGCAGAAUCAAAUUAUGGUAUGGAAGUAUCCAUCAAUGGCAAAGGUUGCAACUUUAACUGGCCACAGUUUGCGGGUGCUCUAUCUUGCUUUAUCACCUGAUGGCCAGACAAUCGUGACUGGAGCUGGUGAUGAGACAUUACGGUUCUGGAAUGUGUUCCCAUCUAUGAAAACACCUGCACAGGUGCAGGAUACGGGGCUUUGGUCUUUGGGAAGAACUCAUAUUCGGUGACAAUUUAGAAUAAUUGUUCAGGGUGCAAGCUGCUGGGCAAAAGGAGAUUGUAGCAAGCUGUCCACAUGUUACGCUUUUUCACCAACAGAUUUACGAUUGAAAAGUUUGGCAAGAAAAAUGGAAUUCUUCUGAAAUUUUUUGAGGCAACACAUUAACAAAUUUUUUUUCCAAUUCAUACUAUAAAUUCGUCUGAUCUUGCAAUUUUGCAAAAGAAAAAUGUAAAAGCAUAGACCUAGAAGAUACUAUUAAUGAACUGAUUAGUCCGCAUAAUGAGCGGUACAAAAUAUGAGGGAGAAUUUCUCCAGAUAAUAGAUAUUAUCUAUCGAA